ACCCGGGUGUCGGUGUGCUGUCUUCUCGUGGAAAGUCGGGGCGGCCAGGGGCUUCCCAGGCGUUUAUCUCGAAACUCUCCUCUCUGGCUCCGGACUGAAAUUCACUGAGCCGCCCACACUUCCUGCUGCGGUUUCAAUCUCAAGCUGCUCUGGGCCCAUUUGUUGUGACAGCUGUCAGCAGCAGCUUCUCGGCCGCGGGCCCCUCCCUGCCCCGUGCCAGCCCAACGCUUCUCAGAACCCGAGGCGCCCGGGCCGCGCACCGCGCUUCCCACUGCUGCCGCGAUUCCUGAAAGUGACUGCGCGGGUUUUGAAGAACUUGCUCAAUGCGCUUUGAAGAAUCAACGGUUCCUCUUUCUGCCGAGGGGCAUGCUGAUGGUUUGACGGUCACAGGCUUCAGGUCCCCUCUCCUUCUCUCUUCUCUUCCUUUUUCUUAUUGUUUCCCUGGCAGGAAAGACGGCUUCUUUUUAGUUGCCCAAUCUUCUGACUUUUCCUCUCUUCCCCUGAAUCCUUCCAGAGGGACAGGGUGGUGGCCCUGGACUAGGGGUAAUUAGUGGAGAGAGGGCAGAAAGGUAGCCUGCCAGAGUGCAACGAAUAAGUUUGGCUUUGCUCUCAAGCUCGAACUAGGGGCACAACCACGCCACCUCAUCCACAACCCUCCACACUGCCCAGGCUCCAUGCCCUGGCUGGGGUCACACUCUACACCCUGGCCCACAGGCACAGUGGGGUUGCCAACCCUGGGCCCAGAAGGCCUCAGAUUCAUCCCAAAUUGUGCUGGUAUGGCCUCAAUCCCCUUGUUCGUAGAGUCUUCUGCUUCAGAGGAGGGGUCACGGCAGCCAAAGGAGGUGACAGGUGCUCCUUGCCCUGCCCCGUGGACACUGUUGGGAGGUACAUCUAAGGGACUCAGGGCCUAAACAGGAUGCCAGGGCAAGGGGAGGGCUGGAGAUGUUAGCUAGAGGGUCCACAGCAUUUACAGCAUCCAAACUGACUGCUUGGCCUAGAACCUGAAGUGACGGAGGCAGAAUGGGUCUUAGCUCCCUCCCCGUCACUAUCUUUUAUUACAGUCAGAGAAACUGAGGCACAGAAGCAGGCUUAGGUCUGAUAGUGAGUGAGACUUCCUUGACUCCCAGGACUCCUUGCCCCUCACCCCUUUCCGAGUGGCCUUCUGUUGCCCUUGGUAGGAAGCUGGUCCGCAACGGUCUGCAUUCCCUCGUGGAGCAGGGUAGCAGGCACUGGGGCUGGGGUGCGGAGAGUAGGAGGGGAAAGGCGGCGAGGUAGGGAAGUACCCUGUGUAGGGGUUCUCCCUCUACUGUUGACUCACCCCUCUGAGCCUUGUUUCUGCACAGGUGGGGUGGGAAAACCGGAAAUGAUCCAUAUAUAGGACUCUGUUUUCACCAACUGCAGGGGCAGAGGGGCGGGGCGGUGGCGACUCAGUCCUUCCAGGAGUAGAAUUGCUUAGGCUAGAAUUGGGUAGCGCUGGGAGUCUGGAAUCUCAUACUUGGUGCCCGUUCGCCUCUCUCUGCCUUCAUGUACCCCUUGGGACUCUCAUCUUGUCUCUAGCCACUGACAGAACUUAUUUCUCCCUGCCUUGGCAGAGGUGCCGAGGGGAGGCUGUGGCUGGUUCUGGCUCCUCAGACUCUUGUCCAGCUGUCCUCAAGGCUGGCUCUUGAUAAGACCCCCUCCCCUCCCCAAACGGCCCACUGGAGCAAGCCCAAGGAGGAGAAUGCCAGGCAGCCGGCUGCUGGGCCACAGAGUGGACUGACCGCUUCAAAGGCUGUCUUUGUUUCCUCUCCAGCUCGAGCUAAGGGAAACUUAAGCCAACAACCUCAGGCAAGGGGGUGGGGCCUGUGUCUGCUGGUUGUUACUGAGGUUGCUAUUGCCAUUAUUGCUGUGACUGACGUCGUGUUCCCAGUCAGUGAGUUUUCAUGAAAGGAAGUGUCACUUCCUUCCCAUCACAGGGACGGUGACUGGGGUAGGCAAAUGAAAGCGAGGAGGAAAGUGGUACCCACGCCUAGCAAGCUUCUCAGCUCCGGGGAGGUGUGUGGGCCUUGAGCGCUCUCUGAGCACCCGAGUUCUCAGAGCAAGUAGACUCAUCCCAUAGACUUAGGUCAGUUUUUCGGGAGCACCCUAGGGAGAAUCAGACGCCACGGGGACAGGCAGGUGUCACCAAGGAUGUGUGCACACUUGCAACUGUGAUUUGUAGGGGAAGCCUGCAUACAUGCUUUCUUCGGUUUAGACUAUUGGUCAUUGAGCCUAGCACCCCUAUUAUAGAGACGAGGGAACAGAGUUACAGAAAGACAAAAGACGUGCCCAGCGUGGCAUGAUGCCGCAUGUCUAUAGUCCCAACACUGGGAAAGCUAAUCCAGAAAACUGUAGGUUCGAGACCAGUCUGGGUUACGUAGAGAGACCUUGUCCAAAACAAACAAAUAAACAAGUCAAGAGGCAUCCCUGGGGCACUAGAGUUCCCCCUCCUCCAUCCUGUACAGUUUCAGCUGAUCUCAGCUCACUGGCUGGCAGGGCAAGGGGCAGGCUUACAGGGAGGGGCCUCUCCUUAUCUCUUAACCUAUCCCGUUGCCUCCUCACUGAUUCCUCUACAGGGUGCCCCCUGCCACUUCCAUCUUCCCCUCUUUUACACAGAGCCUUUGUCUCCUGAGACAGCAGUUCCCACUUCUUCAGGGACCCUCGGUUGUGUCCAGUGGUUUUCCUUCCUUAAAGGUUAUAAAGUGUUACCCUGGAUUGCAAUGAUGGGGCCUGCGAGACUCCGAGGCCAGGCACAUUGAUUCAUAUGGAACUUCUGCUGCUUCCUAUUCUGGGCGCAGUUAGCUCAGUUGUCCAUACUGUCCUGUACUUAUUAGUGAAGUGGGGCUGCAGAGAGCCACUCAAGCAAUGUGGGUAAGUUUUUACCCUCUGAGCUUAGAUGAGAAAGGUGAAGGUCUCUCUGCCUAUGUACAAAGCUCUAGCUUUUAGGGUUCAGGGCCUUGGAGCAAUCCGACUCCUGUGGUUUGGAAUCUCGGCUUUGACACUGGAAAGGUGUGUGACCCUGAGGCAAGUUAUCCAACCUCGCUGAGCCUCAGGCGUGACGUCCAUUCAAAGGAGGAAGAUUCAGUCAGGCUUGUAGUAGAUGCCCAGCCCCAGACAGACCAGAAGAGAUCAGCUUUGGUGGAGCCGCUGCUGCUAGCGCAGCAAGGGAAAUGGGGAGUGGCUUGGACACACCGACUUUGGCAAGCUUGCUCUGAUUGGAAAGAGAGGCUGAAGCUGGGCUGGGAGCUUAGCGUCUAGGGGCCGAGCUGCCUCAGACAUCUUUGGAAUUGACCAGAAGUCAGUCCAAACCCAGGAAGGACUGGGGCAGCCUUCCUGUUGCACCCUUCGCCACCUGCCUGGUGCCUAGGACGGGACACUGUCACUCUGAUGGCUUAGCCUCAAGCCACACCUCCUGCCAAGGGGACGAGGGAGCAGUCAGAAGAGGGUGACCCCCUAGAGCUCCCUGUGUCUCCCAAGCCUGAUGAGGAGCAGAGCAGCAGCCAGAGCCCCAUCCAGCUGGAGGACUCUCCUGAGGCCGGCGAGGAGCGGGAGGAAGAACAGGCCUUCCUGGUCAGCCUCUACAAGUUCAUGAAGGAGCGACACACGCCCAUCGAGAGGGUCCCCCAUCUUGGAUUCAAGCAGAUUAACCUGUGGAAGAUCUACAAGGCUGUGGAGAAACUGGGGGCCUAUGAGCUGGUGACGGGCCGCCGACUCUGGAAGAACGUGUAUGAUGAGCUGGGGGGCAGUCCAGGAAGCACCAGCGCGGCCACAUGCACGCGCCGCCACUACGAGAGGCUGGUCCUCCCAUAUGUGCGGCACCUGAAGGGGGAAGAUGACAAACCACUGCCCCCAACCAAGCCCAGGAAGCAGUACAAGAUGGCCAAGGAGCUGAGGGGGGACGAUGGGACCACGGAGAAGCCAAAGAAGGCCAAGGACUCAGAGAGGCAGGUGGACCAGACCACACCGGGAAAGACCAAAUCAGAUGCCACUGGUCUGACGCAGCCUCCUAGCCAGGGACCCUCAAGGGAUAGCACAGAACAGCUAGGCCCAACAGCUGGGCCCUCUUUGCCAUUCAUGGGUGCUAGCGGCUGUCCGGAGGCCUACAAGCGGCUCUUGUCCACCUUUUACAACAAAGGGGCACAUGGUAUCAUGUCACCACUGGCCAAAAAGAAACUCCUGGCCCAGGUCAGCAAGGCAGAAGCCUUGCAGUGCCAAGAAGAGGGCUGUCGUCAUGGAGCAAGGAGCCCCAGCAAAGACCUUCAACAAAGUCCCCAGAACCUAAGAGGGCCAGCUGAGAACUCUGAACACCAGCAAAACCCUCAGGAAGGAUUGCUGCCCCCCAGUGGCAGCACCAAGGUGGAGGAGGUGCAGGAGGGGCCCCGCCCCACAGGCCCUACUUUCUCAGGCUGUUUUCAUGCCUACCCAACUGAAGUGCUGAAGCCUGUCAGCCAGCACCCUAGGGACUUCUUCUCUGGCCUUAAAGACAGGGUGCUGUUGGAACGGCCUGGUAAAGAGGAAGGGCUGUCAAUCAAAGAGCCCCAGCUGGUGUGGGGUGGGGAUGCCAACCGCCCCUCUGCAUUCCAUAAAGGCAGCUCCAGAAAAAGAACCUUCUACCCCAAGCCCAAAGCCUGCUGGGUGUCCCCCAUGGCCAAGGUUCCAGCGGAGAGCCCUGGAGUCCCACCCCUCCUCCCCAGGAGCCCAGGCCUUGGCAACAAGCGCAACUUGGAAGAAGAGGGCUUUGCUCAUGGUGGCAAGAAACUGAGGGCAGUGUCUCCCUUUCUGAAGGAGGUGGAUGCCAAGGAGUGUGGGGGCAAGCCUGCAGCACCUGGCGUGGCUGUAUCCUGUCUGCUGGGCCCAGCCCUGGGGCCCACUCCUCCAGAGGCCUACAGGGGCACCAUGCUGCAGUAUCCUCUGAACUUUGCCAGUAGCCCAGACCCUCUGAAGGGCCAGGCCACACUCCCCUUCAGUCCCCUGGUCAUCCCAACUUUCCCAGCCCAUCUCCUGGCUACGACAGGCCCCUCACCCAUGGCUACCAGCCUGAUGCAUUUCCCCCCCACGUCCUAUGAUACCGUCCUCCGCCACAGACUGGGCCCGGCUUCAUCUGCCUGGCACAUGCCACCUGUCACAACCUAUGCGGCGCCUCACUUCUUCCACCUCAACACCAAGCUGUAGGUUGGAGCCUGUUGUGCCGCGCUGUGAGGACCCGAUGGGUCCUCAGGAGGGCAAGUGCUGCCGGGAACCUCAGGCCAGAGCCCACUGCCUGGAAGUCGAUGUCCCCCGCCCACUGGCACAGAUGGGGGUGGGUGUCAGUAGGCUUGUCUCAACAAAUCAGCCUGAGCCCAAAGCCCUGGGACCAAGUUGUGGUAAAAAAAUCACAAAAGUACCUGAGCUAGAAGUAUUCUCUGCACAGAGGCCAAGAGGACUGAAAGGCUAAGGAGCUAGAUAGCAGCUCAAGGCAUCUAGGUUGGCCAUGAAAAGUCGAAUAAAAAGACUGGUGUGAUCGCACCCAGCCCUGAGGUGUACAGCGUUGGACUUUUGCAAGGGUAGGUGAGGCAGGAGCAAGCUUGUGGAUGCGGUCACCUGUGUGGGAGCAAAGAUGAAACAAUGCCAUUUUGGUCUGGAUGUUACCACCCCACUGGAGGGCAGGCUGAGCCAACUCAGCCUCUUCUGCCCAGAUGAACAGAGAAGCUUGCUUUUGCUCCUGCUUCAGGGCACCUACCUGGCUGUCGAGGUUGUCAUGGUUCAACGCCUAGAGCUCACUGGUGACUUGGGAGACACCAGGGAGGGGCUGUGAGAUUCCAGCCCUCCAGGCUGAGCCACAGACCCACCCCCAAGACGCCUAUGCCCUGCACCUUUGAGCCAGCGCUAGGAAGGGAGCUGCUUGCUUUAAGAGGUUCGUGCUGUGUGGUUCAGGUUAGGCUCGGACUGUGUGGUUCAGGUUAGGCCUACAGAAUUCCUACUGUGGCCUUCUCAGCAGUUGGGAUACAGUUGUGAAAGGAGGGAGUCUUCUGAGGGUACUAACACAAAACCCAAGUCAUCUGUCCCGGUAGUGGGUAGACUCGUGAACCCUGCUGCCUCAUGCUCCCAGUGACCUGCCGCCAACACACCCACUUUCCUGCUCUCCAUACUGGAUUUGGGGCGAGGGGCCCCAUCUCUGCCUGGGAAUCCGUUGCCAAGCCACAGUAAGUUGCAGCUGUGUUUGCUCCAGGGGCCCACAGAGAAACCCUAUGGUUUAGUACCCUCCUCCCUUAGAGAUGGCUUGAUCUGCCAGUCCCAAGGAGACUGUCAGUACAGCUUCAUAACUGUUCCCGGGAAGGUAGUGCCACCAAGGCCCAGAGAUGCCAGGGUGCCAGUGAACCGGGUCAGCAGAUGGUUACUGACCUGCAUCAUAGGAACACAUCCUUUUCCCAACCUCAGGCCAUGGGUAGGAGGGCAAGAUUUUAUGGCCUCCUUAGUUCACAGGUGGUAUGGCUAAGCCAGGGACAGGAAGUGUCAUUGAGGACCCCUGGUUUGGAGAAAUGGUGGUCAGGGAAGGUAGCUGCCUAUGAGGGGAGCUGUAGCAUAGGCGUCUUCCAGGACCGGGAGGGAGGCCAGAGGGAGGAGGGGUGUCCAGUGAUGCGCUCAAGCAUCUUCCAGCUCUCCCACCUUCCUUCUGGAGACACUGAGAUGCCAGCCUGUGUAUGCAGAUGACUAGCCCUGAGCGCACAGCUGCCCCACUGCGCCCAUGUGCUGCGGACUGCAGUGGUGGCGCCCUCUGCAGGCACAUCUGGAGAAUGCACAUCUGGUGAGGUGAUGGAUUCCUGGGCUGGACUCUGCCACCUCUGCCUAAGCAAAGACACUAGAAAUGAACGCAAGCUGGGCUUCUUGGAAAACGUUGGAACUCUGCACUGAACACCUGCGUAUUUGCCUCCUUCCCACUGUGAAUGAGAGAACUGAGCCCAGAGGUGACUCCAAACACCGUGGUAGCUGAUGGGGGCGCACGCCGCACACAUCUCCCCAUGUUCAUACUCGUCUCCCUGCCCCCCACCCCGACAGGCUGCCUCAGAGGACCCACAGGCCAGCAGGAGUCCCAGUGUCUUGUGUUCAGUGUGUAAUUUGUGUUCGGGUCUACUUUCAAACCUUUCAUGGCAUUUGAGCGGCUAACGGCGGGGAGGAGGCAGAGACCACCCUGGCAUUGGUGCUGAUCCCGCUCCUACCUGUCCGUGGUCCCAGCUCCUUUCCCUGGUAUCAGCUUAAGUGUGAUGAGUUAGGCAUUUGGCAGGCAAUACCUUUGUUUGCUUUGGGGGUUGACGUUUGCUGCCCCUUUAACUGUCUUGGGUGUUCACCUUGGUGGCGUUAAAUGUGCAUCACCUGCACUGGCCUGGUGUCACCACCAUAGUUUUAAACAGUGGCCGAGAGUGUUCUCUAGAAGACUUUUAGAAUGGCUAGAGGGGGUGACGGAGAAGCAGAGCAGCAAGUCCCCAAGGGAGUGGCCAGAGCGUGGGGUCUAGGAGCCAAGGGGCCUGUGGGGUUGGGACAGAGGGACCCAGAGAUGACUCAGGCUGGGUUUGGUGCCUUCUAGGCCGGGGGCGGUUGGGCUUUUACACGAAAUAAAAGAAAGAUGGAAGAAGAGCG